AGGGAGAGGGAGAGAGAGCGGUAGAGAGGCUGGGUUCAGUCAGUCGGUCGGUAUGUAGCAGUAGCGGAGCUUCUGCCUGGGAUUAUAAAGAGGGAAAAACGCGCCUUGGAUAGAAAAUAGCAGCGGGACUAAAAAGAGAACCACCCGAGGAUGAGACACACAGCGUCCGCCUGAAGGAGACUAACAACCCGCCUUUAUUCUGCUCAUUUAUCACCGUUUUUCCACGAAAAUGGCGAACGACUCUCCGGCCAAAAGUCUGGUGGAUAUAGACCUGGCAUCCCUGAGGGAUCCGGCUGGGAUUUUCGAGUUGGUGGAAGUGGUCGGAAAUGGGACCUAUGGACAAGUCUACAAGGGUCGACAUGUCAAGACAGGACAACUGGCGGCCAUCAAAGUCAUGGAUGUCACCGAGGAUGAAGAGGAGGAAAUUAAGCUGGAAAUUAACAUGCUGAAGAAGUACUCCCACCACAGAAACAUAGCAACCUACUAUGGAGCCUUCAUCAAGAAAAGUCCUCCAGGCCAUGACGACCAGCUAUGGCUGGUUAUGGAGUUCUGCGGUGCCGGCUCCAUCACAGAUCUGGUGAAGAACACCAAAGGCAACACUUUGAAGGAGGACUGGAUCGCCUACAUCUCCCGAGAGAUCCUCAGGGGAUUAGCUCACCUACACGCUCAUCAUGUCAUCCACCGUGACAUCAAGGGACAAAACGUGCUGCUGACUGAAAACGCUGAAGUCAAACUGGUGGACUUCGGUGUGAGUGCUCAGCUGGACCGGACAGUAGGGCGAAGAAACACCUUCAUUGGGACGCCAUAUUGGAUGGCUCCAGAGGUCAUCGCUUGUGAUGAAAAUCCAGAUGCUACCUACGACUACAGGAGUGACCUGUGGUCCUGUGGAAUCACGGCCAUAGAGAUGGCUGAGGGAGCUCCCCCUCUGUGCGACAUGCAUCCAAUGAGAGCCCUCUUCCUCAUCCCCAGAAACCCUCCCCCUCGACUCAAGUCCAAAAAAUGGUCGAAGAAGUUCUUCAGCUUCAUUGAGGGCUGCCUGGUGAAGAAUUACACCCAGCGUCCCCCCACUGAGCAGCUGCUGAAACACCCCUUCAUCCGGGACCAGCCCAAUGAGAGGCAGGUCCGCAUCCAGCUCAAAGACCACAUCGACCGAACCAAGAAGAAGAGGGGCGAGAAGGAUGAGACGGAGUAUGAAUACAGUGGCAGCGAAGAAGAGGAGGAAGAGGCAUCGGAGCAAGAAGGAGAGCCAAGCUCCAUAGUCAACGUGCCGGGUGAGUCGACGUUGCGCCGAGACUUCAUCCGACUGCAGCAGGAGAACAAGGAGCGCUCGGAGGCGCUGCGUCGUCAGCAGCUCCUCCAGGAGCAGCAGCUCCGCGAGCAGGAGGAGUACAAGCGCCAACUACUGGCUGAGAGGCAGAAACGUAUCGAGCAGCAGAAGGAGCAGAGGAGACGGCUGGAGGAGCAACAACGGCGUGAGCGCGAGAUGAGGAGGCAGCAGGAGCGCGAGCAGCGCCGACGCGAGCAGGAGGAGAAGAGGCGCGUUGAGGAGAUGGAGCGACGCCGCAAAGAGGAGGAAGAGCGCAGGAGGGCCGAGGAGGAAAAGAGGAGGGCUGACCGAGAACAGGAGUACAUCCGUCGUCAGUUGGAGGAGGAGCAGAGGCACCUGGAGAUCCUGCAGCAGCAGCUGCUCCAUGAACAGGCCAUGCUGCUGGAGUAUAAAUGGCGGGAGCUUGAGGAGCAGCGCCAAGCCCAGAAGCUCCAGAGGCAGCUGCAGCAGGAGCAGGCCUACCUGCUGUCCCUUCAGCAAAACCAGAACUUGGACAGUAGUAAAACAGCCCAGCAACAGAGCACCAAACCCCAACAGAACCUCGAACAGGACAGGAUAAAGCCCCCGCAGAACCCUGAACCAGAUACGACAAAACCACCACAGAGCACUGACUUUGAAAAGACAAGAUCCAGUCAAAAUCACAGUCUGGAGAAAACUACAGAACCCAAGCUACCUGUCGCUGACCUCCAAGGCCCCACCCCCGACUCUGAGCCUAUGAGAGAGGCUGAUGAGCGGUACCGGAAGAACAUCCAGGGUUCUCCUCAGUCAGCUCAGACCAAAUCACAGCAGCCUCCGGUGCCACCACGCUCCGAGUCUUCCUACCCCAAUGGGAGCUCAGCAUCCGAGGUGCCCGCCAUGCACCGGCCUGUGGAACCACAGGUCCGUUCCCAUCUGGCUGCUUUAAAGAGCAGUGGCAGCGUGGCCUCAUCAAAUUCCUCUGCUGCCACCCCGCCCCUUGUGUCUCGGUCGCACUCCUUCACUGAGCCGAUCGCCCCUAGCUUUGAAAAUCUUCACCUUCGCAACAGCCAGGAACCCCACCAACACCUUCACCCUCCAUCUUCAUCUCCAUCCUCCUCAUCAUCAACGCCUGCACGCACUGAACCAAAACCCCACCCCCAGGUUAGACCCUCGCCCCAUGAACCGGCUCGUUCAGAGGAAGUACCGCCCAGGGUUCCUGUCAGGACUACAUCAAGGUCCCCGGUGUUGUCAAGGCGAGACUCGCCUCAUCACCAUGGCAACGCCUCACACAGCAGCCAUGCUGUGCCACGCAACGCUGCCAGUGCAGCGGAGCCUCGGCUGCUGUGGGAGCGAGUGGAGAAACUGGUUCCCAAACCAACCAGUAACAGUGGCAGCGGAGGCUCCAGUUCCUCCAGCAGCUCCAGUAACUCCAGUUCUCAGCCCGGUUCUCACUGCGGCUCUGGAGAGAGGUUCAGGGCCCGCUCCUCUUCCAAAUCGGAGGGUUCACCCCUCCAACGGCCAGAGAAUGCUGGGAAAAAACCAGAGGAGAGGAGGGACUUGGUCAGGCCAAACAGACCAGCGGACCUGACGGCUCUGGCCAAAGAGCUGCGUGCAGUGGAUGACGUUCGCCCCCAAAAUAAGGUGACAGAUUAUUCAUCCUCCAGUGAAGAUUCAGACACCACUGAUGAAGAUGACGAUGAGGAGGUAGACCAGGAGGCCGGCGAAGAGUCGACCUCUGGGCCGGAGGACUCCAGAGCUGUUUCGUCCAGGCUGAGUAAUGGAGAGACGGAGUCAGUGAAAACCAUGAUUGUUCACGAUGAAGGCGAGAGCGAUGCAGGCUCGACGCCCUGCAAAGACAGCACACUGAUCGUCAGACAGAGUGCAGGUGACAACAGAAAGCGUCCGAGCCCCGGCCCGGGCCAAGCCCAGACCCCCGGCCUGCUUGCAGGCUUCGCCCCAAGUCCCGGCUCGGGCCCGGGCCUCGGCCUCCUCACCCCCAGCCCCCACCAUCAUCAUCACCACCACCACCAACAUCACCCCACACAGCACUCCGAAAGGAACGGCUUUGCCGGCCGCAUCCACCACCUCCCAGACCUGAUCCAACAGAGCCACCAUUCCUCCCCCUCCUCCUCCACAUCCAACUCCCCUUCCUCCUCCAGCCUUGCCAGCCCCUCCUCCAUGUCCCCCCAGAGUGCCCUGGACAAGCUCAGCAUCCUCACAGAGAGCCAGUCUAGUAACAACAUGCAGAAACACAAGUCCUCUUCCUCCUUCACUCCGUUCAUCGACCCACGCCUCCUCCAAGUCUCUCCAUCCACUGGCAGUGCUCUCAACAACGUCGGCUAUGGAAACGACGCCCGCCUGGCAGAGGCGCUGAGGGCUGACCCAUCUCGAAAGGGCUCCGUGGUCAACGUUAACCCAGUUAACACUCGCCCGCAGAGCGACACGCCGGAGAUCCGCAAAUACAAGAAGAGGUUCAACUCUGAGAUCCUGUGCGCUGCACUCUGGGGAGUGAACCUGCUGGUGGGAACAGAGAGCGGUCUGAUGCUGUUGGAUCGCAGUGGUCAGGGUAAAGUUUACCCUUUGAUCAACCGACGGCGCUUCCAGCAGAUGGACGUCCUGGAGGGACUCAAUGUCUUGGUCACUAUAUCAGGUAAGAAGAACAAGCUCCGUGUGUACUACCUGUCCUGGCUGAGGAACAAGAUCCUGCACAAUGACCCUGAGGUGGAGAAGAAACAGGGUUGGACCACCGUCGGAGACCUGGAGGGCUGUGUUCACUACAAAGUUGUGAAAUAUGAGAGGAUCAAAUUCUUGGUUCUGGCUCUGAAGAACUCAGUGGAGGUCUACGCCUGGGCACCCAAGCCCUACCAUAAGUUCAUGGCCUUCAAGUCUUUCGGUGACCUGGUGCACAAGCCGCUGCUGGUCGACCUCACCGUGGAGGAAGGCCAGAGGUUAAAGGUCAUCUACGGCUCAUUUUCAGGCUUCCACGCCGUGGAUGUCGACUCUGGCGCUGUCUACGACAUCUACCUGCCCACACACAUCCAGACCAGUAUCCAGUCUCACGCCAUCAUCAUCCUGCCCAACACUGACGGCAUCGAGCUACUAGUGUGCUACGAGGACGAGGGCGUUUACGUCAACACCUAUGGACGCAUCACCAAGGACGUGGUGCUGCAGUGGGGGGAGAUGCCAACCUCAGUGGCAUACAUUCGUUCCAACCAGAUCAUGGGUUGGGGAGAGAAGGCCAUAGAGAUCCGCUCGGUGGAGACUGGCCAUCUGGACGGCGUCUUCAUGCACAAGAGAGCCCAGAGACUUAAGUUCCUCUGUGAAAGAAAUGACAAGGUGUUCUUCGCCUCCGUUCGGUCUGGUGGCUCCAGCCAGGUCUACUUUAUGACUCUGGGCCGAAGCAACCUGCUCAGCUGGUAGAGGUCCACACCCCACCCCCUUCCUCCUCCUCCUCAUCUUCCUCAUUGUCCUCCACCCUCACUAACACUGGAUCUCAGAACCCACCGUCGAUGUCUUGUCAGCACUCGGACAAAAAGAGAAAAGAGAACAAAACCAACAACCAACCAGCCCUUUUGAAGCAGUCGACAACAAUGACUUCACCUUUCCCCUGGAGCUGCAGCCUUGCUGCAUCACGGCUUAGGGGCCACCUGUGACACAACCGGUCAAGUCACGCAGUCGUUGCCCACUGAAAUACCCAAAGUGACGACUUGCACACAAAAUGAAAUCAAUGGUUAAUUAAUAUACGAAAGAAAGUAGAAAUAAAUGUGAAUUUAAGAAAAGGGGGCAAACGACUUUAUGUUUCCCUCUCCGUUUUUCUUGGUGCUCAUCAGAUUGUGAUGGGAUAGAUUUUGUACCUCUGCAUCAUUUCUGUGCUCCUGGGCUGGUCAGUAAGCUUGAGGUCUUCUAACUACUAGUACUGCUACCACUAUUAUUACUACUACUGCUACUACCUUCUGCAGGUCCGCCUCUUGUAAGAGAGUUCCCCCUCUGCCCGGUGUUCCUGCCCUCCGCCCUUUCUAAUGAGCGUUUCAUGGGGGCCAAUGGGGUGGGAGUCUGUUGUAUUAAUGCUACAGUAGUGUGUGUAAAUGUACUUCUGUUUGGUCCAACUACUGCUGACAUGCUGGUUAGAGAUUGAGACUGUCAGUCAGGGGUAAAUUGUAAGACCCCGGAGCCAGUGGGGCUCGUCACGGUGAUAAGCAGGUGAGAAGGGCCUAAUAUUUGAGGUUCUACUGUAAGUCUGAUUGGACUCGGCAGGAGGGGUGUGUAUGUGUGUCGUUGAAGUAUUGUGUUGUUCGGACAGGUGCUUUAAAAAAGGGGAUACAGAGAGAGAAAGAAAAGUUGAAGCAGAUGGAUUACAGAAUAGUAUUUUUUGAAUUAUUACUAUUAUUAUUCCUUGAAGAUAAGUGUAACUAUGUGGAGUAAAACAUGUCUUUUACCUUGUUUUUUAAGAUUUACGCACAUCCCCCCACAGUUUGCUUGCUUUUACUCUGAACCCACAGAAGUGCAAGGUGUGUUUGUCUAAGAAGAACGUGAUGUGGGUGUGGUCCAAAAAAUAAAGUAAAAUAAAAUAAAGUGUCUAUGUAUAAUAAAAGUUCAUUUAAUCUUCCAGAUCAGUGGUCAGUGUUUUUCCCCCACCGGUCAAACACGACGACAUAAACUCAACUCUGGUAGGGCGGUUAGCCGAUGUCUCUCAACUCGAGAAACUUGAACUGCUGUGAAUAGUCAGAUGUAAAAUGAAAAAAAAUAAAUAAAGAUGAUAACGGAGGGAUAAAGUAGAAGAGAAAGUUCAGUAUGUGUGUGCUUGUGUGGUUGGAGAGUUGAGUGUCAUCGACGAAUUGGAUUUUCGUGGCAGAGAGGCACGAAAAACGCAUGGUCAGCAAGUUUGUUUCAGCAGAGGAGUUCUUUCUGGAAGCUGGUUUUCUAUCUUCCAUUUCAUUCUUUCAAAUCACUUUCAUUUUUCGUUUCUAUCAUUUGUAUGAAUGCAAUGCACUAAGUGUCAAGAAUGUAGAAAGACAUAUUACUGUGUGGUGGUCCAAGGCAUGAGAUGAUGUUUUUGCUUUGUAUCUUGUCACAAGUGAUCAAACCUAGAUGUUCAAUUUUCAAGUUAAAACGAUUGAAGGCAGCAGCGGAGCCUCUACGUCAGGUGUAGAUAUUUUGCAGGGAGGGCCAUUCUGUAUUUGUUUUGAAACCUUUUCCACAGCAGUGAGAAUCUGUGCGGGAGCAAACAAGAGUGCAUCAGAGCUGAGGAGGGCUGUCUGGCGUCCUGCAAGUCCUGCUUGUGCACGUCAGGCACUCUUUCCAAUCAAAUGGGGACCUAAACCUCAUCAAUUCUACACUCAGACUCUGAAUUUCAGCGUUACUGUGAUGAAGUGUCACAAAACAGGCAACACGGAGCAGAACUUUUCCUCACUCGGCUGUUUGUGAAGAACCUGAAGACGGAAACCCACUUUUUCGGGAAGGAAUUGUUUUCUCUAUUUCGUGCCCCCAACUUCUUGCUCCAGCUGUUAUUUAAGUUGUCUGUAUAUGUGAAAGACUGAGCAGCAAACUGCAGCAUCAAUCUCCUUUUAGGCCAUUGGCUGAGCUGGAUUUUCCUCCGUUUCCACAGCGACUCAAAAAGGGGCAAAGGAGAGUCCAAUUUGUGCUUUCAUUUCAUGUUUAAACAUGUCCUCGUCAGGUCACAAACAAGUUAACCUUGAGUGUGUUUUUCCCCUGACGAUAAUAAUUACACACACAAGCAGUGUUUUGACAUGUGAAAAGGUUACUGCCAGUCACUCAGUAACACUUUCUAACUUUUCCUUCCCUCGUGCAGAAAAAAAAGCCGUUUGGACCCCAAUGCUGUGUUGUCUGAGGUCUGUGUGUGCAGUAGUACCUGGUGUGUCUCUUAUUGCAUCAAGGCCUUGAUGAGUGGCUGUAUUGACUUCAUGAAAAAAUUGUGAUUAUUGAUAUUCUUUAUGGGCUAAAAAAAAGGACGAGAUGAUAUAAGUCUAUAUAUCGGAUGAGAAAAACUAGUCGCUUGCCGACUCACAUUGGAAAAAGUGCCAAGAGGGCAGCAUUUUAAAACGUGGGAACCUAUUGUUAUGAAAACCACUACUUGGAAAUCCUUUAAAAAAAUCACUUGAAGCAUUGUGUAUUCUUAAGUUUUAGCGCUAGUCGAGAAGCUUAACAAUAGUUUCUGUUGUUUCUGUAAGUCUAUGUACACGUAAAUAUGCGACUGCGGUGGUUUAAUAUUAUUACGCUCACCUUAGGUGGAGAAAAUGUUUACAGAGGCAAUGUUUUGUUACACUAAUGUGCAUCACGGUAUUUAUGUUUAAUGCAUAUACGUCUUGGUUCUUUAAUUGUUUUUUGCUUUUUGAGCCCGGUUUUUAUUGGAUAUUUUCAUUUGUUUGUCAUCUCCCCCUACCCCACUAAAUAACCUACUUACAAAACAAUAAAGAACACACGUGUUGUUCAUUUCAGGUAUUCGCAUAGCGCUGCUUUAAACGUGGAAACAUUGCAGUUACGUUCCCUACAGGCUUGGACGUGAGGCGACGUGUUUUUCCUCUGCUGUUUCUGCCAUGCUACUCUAACUUAUGUCCUCUCUGUGUAUGACAGGAAGUCAUGUAUUUUCCUGAAGUUUUUUUUCUUUGAAUAAACUUUAAAAGUAAUUUUAAAAGAA